AUGAUGUCUCCUCUCGCCUCCUUCUUGCUGCCUUUAAUCGUCUCAGCAUCUUCCGUCGCCGCGGCGGCAUGCAAUGCGGAUAACUGUCUCCGCGGUCUUCGCGCACCUGCGAGAUUAGCUGAGGCGCAAUCUUUCUGUGCGACUUUCACUGCUUCUACAUCUGUAGCGAUUCCGAGUUUUGCGGCUGCGGCUUGUACGGGCAAUGUGAGCAGCAGGGUGAGCAGUGCUUGUUCGUGCAUUGCGACGAGCACUUCGAGUUCUGCUUCAAUCACCUCGAGUUCCACGGUAUUUACUUCAAGUUCUGCUUCGGUCACGUCAUCGACAACUGCAUCUAUAGCUUCAUCAACCUCUGCUCCUGUGACGAGCAGUUCGUCGAGCGUGGAAGUGACUUCGACAAGUUCGGUGGCAACUUCUUCGAGUGCGCCAACAAGUGCACCAACUGGAACACCGAAAGUUUGCUUAAAUCCGCAACUGAGCUGUCAGAAUACCACGGCUGUGGAGGACUUGUGUUGUUUCAACUCUCCAGGAGGACAAUUGCUUUUGACCGAAUUUUGGGAUACUGCCCCUAGUACUGGCCCCAAUAACAGCUGGACCAUCCACGGGCUCUGGCCAGAUAAAUGUGAUGGCACUUAUGAAGCCAAUUGCGACCCCGCCCGUGAAUAUACUAACAUCACCGCCAUCCUUCAAUCCUACGGCAAGACUGAUCUCCUUUCCUACAUGACUACGUUCUGGAAGGAUUAUCAAGGAAAUGAUGAGAGUUUCUGGGAGCAUGAAUGGGGCAAGCAUGGAACCUGUAUCAGUACGCUUGAUACCAAGUGUUAUGACGGUCACAAGGGUCAGGAGGAGGUCGUGGAUUACUUUGAGGUUGCGGUGGAGCUUUUCGGAGGAUUGAAGAGUUUCGAGGUCCUCGCAGCAGCAGGAAUCAUCCCCUCCACAACAAUCACCUACACCCUCGCCGCCAUCCAAUCCGCCUUGACCGCCGCCCACGGCUUCCCCGUCACCCUCGGCUGCAGCGGAACCCGCUUCGAAGAGAUCUGGUACCACUACAACGUACUCGGCAGUGUCCCAACAGGAUCAUUCAUCCCCACCUCUCCAGAUGGAACGAAAUCCGAUUGUCCAGAAACCGGGAUUCGCUACGUCCCGAAAUACUUACCUGCUUCUCCGACGACGAGCGUUCCCCCGGGUUCGACGCCAACUGGGACGCCGUAUGUGGGGAAGGGAUUCUUGCAGGCUUAUACGAGUGGUGCGAACAAGGGGUGUUUGAUCAGUGCUGGGACGUGGUAUACGACCGGGACGUGUGCGACGUAUACGGCGAGCAAUGUUGCUGAUGGAUCUGGAUUCACACUCACGAGCAGUAAGGGACCUUGUGAUAUUAUCGCUGGGGCUUUUUCGUGUGCUGCUGGGAACACUGCUGGUGUUUUUACCAGCAUCAACGGCUCCCUAGCAUACGCUACCAGCACAUCUUUCUACGCGGCUGCGGUGCCAGUCGGAGCGGUGCAGCAGAAGGUAUUCACGGCUGUGAAUACAGUGGAGGUUGAAUUUGUGUGGCAGAUCAUCUGA